UUAAAUACAUUAUGCAGGAUGCAGAUGGUACAUGUAAUUCAUCUCCUCUUCUUACUGCUUUUGUCCCCUGCAGCUGAGACAGGGUAUUCUGGUUGCUUUCCGGAAACGCCGACCGCGAGGCAGUUAGCAGUCAAUCCAGGAAACUACGUCCCAGGGCUGCUGACUACCACACAAUGUCAGGAUUUCUGCUCUAGAAAAGGACAAGCCCUAGCGGGUUUGACUGCUGGGAAAAUUUGUUUUUGUGGAAUGACUACGACACAACCACAAGUAGCGGCAAGCGCAUGCGUAGAAACCUGUGUGGGUGAAGCUGGUCUGAAAUGCGGAACAAAUGGAGAACCUCCCUAUGAUAGUGUCUACACGACCCCAGUGGUUCUGUAUGGCUUCCAAAUAUUUCCUGGGGACAUGCUCCUGGAAACAUUUGUUUCUCAGACCCUGUAUUUCAAUCUAACCACCGGCAACAUACAGUCCAUACUGGCAGUUACAUCAGACGGCGGUCCAGACUUGGGACCAAUCACAACUCUGUCCGUUCCAAUAGUCCCUAGAAGAUCAAGGCCACUACAAAUCAAGGCCAAAAUCAUCGACAUUGGGUCAGAAGAACUGGAAUCAACCCAAGUAUUUAAGGUUCAAGCCAGAAUCAAAUUAAUGACACUGGUGUGCCCAGCGUAUGUCACAGGUAACGUUCAAUUUGACUGUUUCCUUCGGAUUGGAGUCGGCAGCGCCAUGACGGUCAAUAUCGAUAUGAACGACGGAACAAAAUUUCUACUCAAAGUGCCAGAAUGUAGAGAAUUCUCCAUGGGUUACGCACACGGUACCCCUUCUACAGCUUCACACCCGGGCAACAAUUUAUACUUGUUUCCUGAUACAAUCGUGAGAACGAACGCCACUUUGGUGGGUUUGGACUAUACCGCAACUACCAUUGGGAAUAUCAUAGUACAGGUGUACCGCCCUUCAUGUGGACCAGGCUUAAUACAAAUGUUCUGUCAUAAAAGUUACUCCUGUAUAUCCGUGAACGAGUCCUGCUAUAAUCAACCACGGGGAUCCUACUGGCAAACCAAGUGUGGUCCAGGCACCAUAUACAGUCUGGCAUUUGCGAAGUGUAUCAAUAAGACUUCAGGAGCUGUGAUCAGGAAGCCUCCAAUCACCGAUUGGGGGCAGAUGCCAAUUCAGUCAUUCGAACUUGUUCAUGAGUUCACAUUCACCAUAAGCACAACCGGAAGGAAUUUCUACACCGUUCCUGACGCAGACCUCUUCAUCAUGGAUCCAGCGGACGUCAUAGCUAUAAAGGAAGACGGUGGUCGUUUUGAACUCUUGGACACCUCUAAUAACUACAAAGAGUUCUACUGGACGGUUGGUGGAGACUGGUCAACACGAGCUACGAAUGGAUACAGCAUAUCUAGCAACGGCGUCAAUACGCUCUGCGCCAGACACGCCGUGCAAGCGUAUUUUGCAAAGCCCGUACGAGCAAAGUUCAGGCAUACGUAUGGGCUCAUUAUGGCAAACUACAUGAACAUUUCUUUAACUGCAUACAACGCAGUCACACAACCACCAGUCAGUUCGUUAUAUGAGAUUGAACUCCUAAUCACCAUUACUGGCGUUACAAUUGAUGCCCCUGCAGUGGGCGCCACCAAUAACACGAUACAACUAAGCAUACCUACUCACCCUGGAUCACAGGUAUUGUAUACAUGGAGGUUUGGAACAGCUGAUGUCAUGUACUCUAAUCACAGAGAAAUGAAUUACACAUGGACCGGUGCAGGUAUCUACACAAUUAAAUUGACUGCAGAAAACAAAAUUAGCAGUAUGUGCCAGACGUAUGUGAUAACUAUACAAGAUGAGAUUAAGAACCUCACAGCAGAGGCUGAAAAUAUUGCUACUGUAUUCACUGAAGAAACCAAAGUUCAUUGGAACAUAAGUAAAGGUACAAACGUUAGCUAUCAUCUCACAAUGGGGGAUGGUGUGGAGUUUCUCUUUGGCUAUCCUUUCCAGGGAUACCUCUGUGAAGAAGACAAUUUAAAGAAUACUUUUUCCGUUGCCACUGGUAACUUUAAUUGUACAACAACGUGUAAUGGAACUUCAUCAGGAAUGGACGGCCAUAUCUCCUAUUAUUACUCCGAACCCGACUGGUUUACCUUCACAAUAACAGCCUUUAACUUAGUAGGAAACAGCAGUGUCGUUUUAAAUCUUCCUGUUCAAAUCCCAAUUUCUGAUUUCUUCAUAAAUGAGUCUUCCUCCAUUCCCUUUGGAGCAUCCCGUGCAGUUUCGAUGACAACCAGCACAGGUACCCAUAUUACCCAUACCGAUCUCCAGGUAUCAAUGAAUGGGUCACUGCUCAAUAUGUCAAAUUUUGAUUGGACUUUGAAGUCUGGUGAGGCAAUCAUUAACGCUGAAAAUUACAACUGGAGUGGAUAUUACAUCAUUGAAGCCAACAUUACGAAUCUGGUCAGCCCUGUCAGUUCCUUUGAAAGAGGAGUUUGGAUAGAUUUUCUUAUCACUAAUAUGUCAAUAAUUAAUGACAGACCCUAUGUACCUGUUGGCGAGAAUACAACCUUUAAUAUUGGGAUGGACUUCUGUUCUCGGUUCAAUACAUCCAUUCUGUAUGGAGACGGCUCACCUCUUGAAUUCCUGUAUCAAGAUUUGCUCGUAAGUCCGCAGCGGUAUCGCUUUUCACAUAUUUUCACUACACCGGGUAUUUACAAUGUAAAUCUUUCAAUAGAGAAUCCAGUGGAUAAUCAUACCAGUAUUCAUAACGUUCAUGUACAGUAUCCUGUAGAAAAUGUCGUAGCAUUCGUAUCCACGCCGAUGAGACUUGAACAAAAUGGUUUCGUUACGGUGAAAGUCAAGUUAACAUUCUUGGGUGGCGUCCCCCUUGCCACAGAUGCAAGUUUCCAUCUUAAUUUCAACGACAGCAUCACAACAACUGGUGUCUUUGAAGAACCCACAUUUCUAACAACAGAAACUCCUACAGUUGAACAAACAACAGGGUUUGAUUGUUCCGCACUUUAUGAAUUGCUUCAACAAUCUCUAAACUCGUCUAAAUUUGAUACUAAUACCACUGAUACAACUCCUGCUACGAUAACAGAGGAAGAAUACCAACUUCUGUGUAACAAUUCCACUAUAACAUACUCUUCCAACAUGACAACAACAACGAAUCCAAUGAUUAUCACACCAGAAACCGUAAUGGAAGGUUUCUUUGAGAUUAUAUUUUCCCACAAUUAUACGUUAUAUGGAACGUACAAUCUUUUUGCUAACAUCUCAAAUUUAGUAGACUUUGAGUACUUGCCUUUGACUCUAGACAUUGAUGAACCCAUCUAUGAUCUAGAAUUCAUACCUGACCCAUUUUGCAUAUCAGUCAGAACAAAAGGAUCUUUCAUCAUCAGUAUGUCCUGGGGCUCACGAGCAGAAUGCACAAUUAGUAUUGGAGAUGGAUCUCCGGACAUUGUUGUUCCAUGUAACCGAUCACUACCAACAUCUACACCUCACUAUUUUAACACUGCCGGUGUCUACUAUCCAUAUGCCGUAGGAAAUAACACCGUAAGCACUGAAUAUGUAGCAUCCCCAGCACCCAUUAUCGUCCAAGUUCCUGUUGAUGGAUUCGAGGUGAAAUGUUUGCUGUGUUCAAACGACAUUGGUCCACCCACCUACACAACAUACAAUACCAGUGUGAUGUUUGAAUUGCUAUUUGACAGUAGUAAAGAAAUGCCAACCAAUGCUUCGUACACAAUUGACUAUGGAGAUGGGACCAAAACAUCGCCACAAGACAUGCCCAAAACGUUUGCUGUCGAAAAUCAUGGUGGUGGAAAGUCUCUUGCUUUCCUUUUUCAACAUUGCUAUUUAAGAGGUGGCAAUUACACUGUUAUCGUGAAUAUUUGGAACUUAGUAAGUAAUGUCAAUUAUACAUGUUCGCAUGAUCUCUAUGAAGCAAUAGUAAAUCUACAUCUUAAUUUCUACGACUACGACCCUGAUACCGGAAUUACAAAGGUAGGGGGUGGUCCAGAUCAGAAUUAUUUUGCCUUGGAACAUCAAGUUCUAUUUGUAGCAUCACAUGACAGAGGCUCCCAUGUAACUUAUCACUGGGGAUAUGGUGAUGGGUCUGCUUUGCAAUCUAUCUACUAUAUUCAGAAUGCCUAUCAUGGAUACUCUGAAGAUAGCACUUUCACUAUUACUUUAAACGCAACAAACAAGUUUGUCGAAAAUGACGCUAAUAUAAAAACAACAAUCAAUAUUCAGAGGGGUUGCUUCAACACAUCAAUAUCUGUUGAUGACCCUCGGCCCAAGAACUCUACAUUUGAGUAUCAAAUGUGUCCGGGAACUAUUGGUUCUGACGCAUGCUACUUUAUAGACUUCAAGGAUGAUACAUCUGUUCCUAGUCGGUACAUGAUGUUUGGUGACUCUAAUUCUUGCGCUUCGAUUUCCGAAUGGAGUUGGUACUGGAACGAUCCAAACAAACUGUUUGUUUCUCACCCUUCUGAUACGUGGUAUGCAGAUAAACUUGCAAAUCCCAGUAACUACAACAUAACAAUUCACAAUAUGUUCAUGUUUGAAGGUGCAUAUGAUGUCACAUUAGAAUGCAAGAAUUACGUGUCCCAUACAACAGCGAUAUAUAACACAGGUGUCACCAAGGGUCAGUGCUGGUGGCCGUAUGUCAACUUGACAAGCCCCAACCUUUGCCAGCCUCCAGCCUGUGAUACUGUCGACCCUAAUAUGAGAGUAGUCCUAAAGUCUGAGAAGCUAAUAGUAUACUCCGAUGUCAUUAUUAACUGUACCUCCACUAAGGUAGCCUACUAUUCUUGGACCGUUUUCAAAAUAAAUGAAACACAUGGAAACGAGGUUGAAGUCACCGAAUUAGGAGACGCAGAUGUGUAUUCUAUUGGCGCUAGAUACUUGCAGGUGGAGCCAAGGGUCCUUGAAUACGGCCUCUACAGAUUUGAAUUGAAUGUCAGUAUGAACGAACUGAUGGGCAUGUUUUCUGUCGACUCUGUUGAAUUGCGAAUAUUGCCUACGCCGUUACAAGUCGCUAUUGCAGGUGGCGAUAUUUUACAAGCGCAGUGGGGAAGCGAGUCCCCCUUAGUUCUUGAUGGACAAACAGAAUCAUAUGACCCCGAUGUGGCAUCCGAGGAUAAGAGCGGAAUGGAGUUCAUCUGGCUAUGCAGAAGGGUUUGCGAAAACUGGCCAAUAUUUGACAACGACUUUAACCCUACAUCGACCUUUACUCAUAACUGUACCUACCAAGACGAUUCUGAUCGAGGUUGUUCAAAGAUUGAUGAGCUGGAUUCACCAGGAAAAAUGGUCAAUGCCACUGGUGGUGUAAUAAACAUUUUUACUGGAGAAAUGUAUGAAGCGGAUCACGUUGAAAUACGACUCAUUGUGAGGAAAGGCAAUAGAAUAGCUGAGGACUUCCUAGUUCUGUUUAUCGCCGAGGGAAAUCCACCCCUAAUUAGUUUGAAAUGCGUUACGAACUGUGGUCCGAAAAUGAAUCCAACCAGUCGUUAUUCCCUGCAGUCGCAUAUUGAUGGCUGGACUAGGGGUGCAUUUUUCUACUACAGAUGGAAACUAUACGGUGUCCCAUGGGGAGGCGGAUAUUUCAACAGAAGACUUAUAUCAGAAUCUCAAUGGGUCAACCAAGCUACAACUGGCUCCAAUGGCCCACAUAUGGCAAUUGAUCCUGUCGUUUCAUUGUUUACAAGUAAUAGCUCGUACAGUUAUUACUUCUCGGUAAAAUCUUGGCGAUGGGGAACGAGCGAAUCAAAUAGCGGAAUCACGGAAAUCAACUUCAGGAUUAAUGAAAAGCCGAAGGCCGGAAGAGUUACUGUAUCAAUUUCUCCUGGAUCUGGCAUUGCAUACGAAACAAAGUUUUCUGUGUCUGCGAGGGGAUUUACCGACUAUGAGGAUGGAUCUACAAUGUCUUUCUACAAGUUUGGUUACAGGAUAGACCCAGAUAGCUUGAUUACCUGGUUUCAUGAAGGCACAAAAAGUAACAACUAUGGCUUUGAAAAUCCAUUUCCAAACGGACUGGAGUCCCUUAAUUUCCAGAUUAAUGUUGUUGUCAGAGCCUAUGACCGAAGCGGAGCGUAUGCAGAAAAAUGGAAAUCAAUAACGGUUCAACCACCUCAACCGACAGCUGUAAGGACUAUCAUAUCCACUGCAACGGAACCCGGAGGACAAAUUGAUAAAUAUCUUAUUGGGGCCGACAUCCGUGUAGCUCCCAUGUCUUUGACUCUCGCCAAAUUUUUAAAUGAAGAGGCAAAUGGCGCACUGACGUCUGCGGAGGUUGUCGAGACUACAACUUCCAUUGCACAAGAUCAAAAUUUGACGGAGGUUGAGCGUCUUGCAUUGGAACAAACACUUGUACAACAACAGGCGAACGAAAAGGAGAAUCGUAUAAGGACACGCGAAACAUUGAUGAAUGGUUUUAAAAGAGUCAACCCUAGUAAGGUAGAAGCCAUGCAAGGUGCGGCCGCGGCUCUUGCAGAAAUGUCGGUGAAGGAAGACGAACUGACAGCAACAGCACAAGAAGACGCAGCAAGCAUAAUGGAAGACUACGUGAUUAAGCUUAAAAGUCAGUCCAGUCUCUCAGCAGACGACAGGGAGGACGCUACGUCCAGUCUUAUAGCCACCAUCGGUAAUACCAUGCACGCCGCUGGUUUAACGGCUGAAUUGGCUGAAGAAAAAGGUACACAGCUGGUCAAUAUGGUGGAAACCACGGCAGAUGGCACUGUCUCCACGACACAAGCAACCAAUCUGUCACCUGAAGAAAUUAAGGCGCGCCAACAACAGUUGUUGAACGAGAAGAACAACGCGAUGAAUACGUUUUUGAGACUUGAACAAUCUUUGAAUAACAUCAUUAACACACUAGGAAAGUACAAAGUAGUUGGCGAGAAAAAUGCAGUUAUUGAAUCUCCAAAGCUGAAUGUAACGCUUUCAAAGACAGAGACGAAAGAUGUUAACUACAAUCCUAACGUAGCUGUCGGAGGUCUUAGUGGUGCUCUUCUACCAAAAACACAAGCCAUAUUUGGCGAGGAAGGUAACGAAACCACGUGGUUUGUCGAAACCGAGGCAUUAAGGAUGACCAACAACCCCUUUACUUGGACAAAUGCAAGCGCUACCACAUCUUCAAAAGUUACCAGUGAUGUCAUCUCUUUGAAAUUCCGAAACGAUACAAACGAUGCUGUAGAAGUGCGGGACACCCCACAGUACUUUGACAUAUUCAUGGAUCGGCAGAACUUUGACACCACAGUCCAAAAUAUCAUCAAUAUGACGAAAGCUUGGAAUGAACCCUCCGUCCUUCACAUGUUACCAGUGACACCCAAUAGCUCAUUGCAUAUCACCAUCAAUCAGAUUUAUGACAAAGAAGACAUACAGUAUUACCUGGAUUGGCUAGAUUAUCUUGCCGGUAUUUCGGCAGUACAUAAUUCCACGGCUAAACAAGGAUCCAAUGUGACAGAAAAUGAUCUAUAUCAAGGAGCCGAUGCCUUUUACAUGGAAACAAAACAGUCGCUGUUCUAUGUCUUCAUCAAGAUGGGAGGUCCGCCAUCACCACAAGACCAUGAUUAUAACUGCACUUUGCCUAAGACCUUGGAUGAAUUUUUAUCCAUGCUUGAUUAUAUGGAUGCGUUGUCCUAUGAAAACGACACCUCUCUACCAAGGUCGAACUAUCUAUCAGAAAUUCCAGACUGGAAUACCUGCUUGUUCUCAAAUGAUGAAUUAAGCUUAAAUGAAACAACGGACUUCUAUAUCGCCGUCAAACAUAAAACAUACGAGCAAUUAGAAGCAGAAGCUGCUGGCGAUUUCUCAACAACUCCUCUGUCGGUAUACCCUCCCGCCACAUCCACCACCACAACACUAAACAGGAAGAGGAGAGCGGGUAAAAAAAGUCGCGGCGGGAAGGAACGCACUGCAUUGGAGGAAACGCUUCUCAAUCUUGCGAAUCUCGGAACGACAAUGUCUGCUUCAUCAGCCGGAACAUCUACACAUACGAACGGUGGUAGUGGUGGAGGAAAUGGUAACGGACAUGGUGGCGUCAGUAAUAGUGUUUGGCCACCUGCAGGUGCUUACUACCCGGCCGUGUACAAUAUCUCUUUCUACAGCGCCAGCUGUGUGUGGAGAGACAGGACUAAAAGCGUCUGGUCCACAGAUGGUUGCUUUGUUGGCCCCCUUUCAAAACCAUACAGAAUCCACUGUCUGUGUAACCACUUGACGGCGUUUGGUGCAGGUUUCGCUGUACCUAUGAACUCGCUCAGUCUUAAUGAUUCUGGAUUUGCUAAGUUGGAUGAAAACCCUGUUAUAUUUGCUACUAUGGUCUCCUUAAUGUGUGUCUACGUUUUGAUGCUUAUCUGGGCGAGAAAUCGGGAUCUUUUGGAUAAAGUUAUGGCUGGGUCAUCGCCUUUACCUGACAAUGAUCCGAGGGACAAGUAUUUGUACGAAAUGACUGUGUUCACGGGCUCCAGAAAGGGUUCUGGAACAUCAGCCAACAUAUCUUUCAUUUUGACUGGAGAAAAAUCCGAGACCACACCACGAUAUUUAGCUGAUAACAAACGCCCCGUUCUCCAGCGGUCCAACUGUGAUGGGUUUAUCAUGGCAACGCCAAAAACCCUUGGGAAACUUACUCAUUUACGAAUAUGGCAUGAUAAUAUGGGAUCCAGUCCGUCGUGGUAUUUCAGUCGCUUGCAAGUCCAGGAUCUUCAAACUGGAGAUAAAUAUUUUUUCAUCUGUGAACAGUGGCUUUCAGUUGACGAUGAAGAUGGAAUAAUUGACAGAAUGGUUCCUGUAGCUGGUAAAGCAGAAUUGACAAGUUUUAAUUACCUGUUCUGGCAGAAGACAAAACACAAUUUGGCUGAUGGACAUUUGUGGUUCUCUGUCUUCCAACGUCCUGUUAGAAGUAACUUUACUAGAGUACAGCGACUAACAUGUUGCCUGACGCUUCUGUUUACCACAAUGGUUGUCAGUCUUGCUUGGUACCAAACAGACACAAAUCCUUCACCGACACAGUUCAGACUUGGACCAGUGACUCUUUCUCUCACAGGAGUCUACAUUGGAGUCGUCAGUGGUUUAAUGACGUUCCCCAUCAACUUCAUCAUUGUUCUCAUCUUUCGCUACUCGGCACCUAAGCCAGAGAAGAAGAAAGAAUUCAAAUUCAAUGUGGAUGGAGACAAAAGCAAGGCGACCAAUACUGGUGAAUCAAAGAGCAUGAACGAUAAAUCAAAUCAUGACUCCGAAAAAUCCACUGUUUCCACCACAGAAUACACCGAAGCUAGCCUCAUAAAAGAAAAGUCUGAACUUGACCCAGAUUUUGUGGAACUUGAGCUGAGGCAACAAGACGAGUUUCUUGAGACGAGGGAUAAGAAAAAGUGGGUGACGAUCAAAGAACAAAUCGCUGAAGAAGAUCAAUCCAUUAAUUCAGGCCAAACACAAUUUUCUCACAAUGUUGAAAUCGUGGCAUUUGAGAAAGAAAGUACGAGAAAAGGCAAGAAAAGAUUGCCAUGGCGGUGCGUCUACUUAGGGUAUAUCCUUUCUUUUAUUACUGUUGUGGUGGCAUUCUACUUCGCAGUGGAGUUUGGAGGUGUAUUUGGUCUGGACAAAUCUGUCAGUUGGUUGAUUGGUUUCAUUGUCUCUCUGUUUGAGUCAAUCUUCUUUUCCCAGCCGAUUAAAGUGAUUAUUGUUGCAAUCUUCUACGCUCUUGUAAUAAAGAGACCUGAAGCACAGGAUGAGGAAUAUGAACAGAUGAAACCUGAUUUAAGAAAUGAUGAAGAGUAUCUUCAUGAUCAUCUCACUGAAAAAGACUUGGAGGAUCCACAAAAACUUCGUCUUCUCGAACAAAGAAAAACCCAAGCAACAUUGCCACCAGAAUUGGACUUCUUGAAAACUAUUCGCUUGGAACGGCAAAAAGAGCGUGCAAUGUUUGCCAUGUUGAAGGAGAUAGCAGUCUGCAUGUUGUUUCUGUACAUAGUGCUUACAAUAGCGUACGCCAACAGAGAUCCUUGGUCACACGUUCAAUAUAAAAACUACGACAAUAUAUUUAACAAAGGAUAUUUUGCUCGAGCCAUUGGAAAUUAUUCUGUUCACUUUGUUAACAUUGAUUCUCGGAAACAGUUCUGGAACUGGAGUGAAAAUGCACUUCUGCAAGGAUUAUAUAACAAGGAGUUCUACAAUGGUGAACCAGUCCUUGACAAACUUAUAAUUGACAAGCAGAGUAUACUAGUUGGAGGAGCUAGAUUACGUCAACUUAGAGUAACACCAGAAUUAUGUUACAGCCCUAUCAAUUACUUUGCUGGGGAAUGUAUGCCUGAGUAUGAUAUGUUUUAUGAGGACCAGACAAAUUACAAACUUCGAUGGAACCCUGUUAACGAUUCAGAUCCGACGGAUUUCCCCCAUCCCUUCUUCAGUUAUCAGUCUAUGUGGGAACUCUCCGGCUAUCCAUACCAAGGAAUUUUCCAAACCUACAGCGGCGGUGGAUAUGUGGCUGAGUUGGGAACAACAUUAUCAGAGGCCCAAUCGGUACUGAAUUUCCUUAAAGACAAUUACUGGAUUGGCAAACAAACGAGAGCUGUAUUCAUUGAGGCCAACAUCUUUAAUCCUAACAUGAACUUGUGGGGCAUUUCAUUGUACCUUUGUGAAUUUUUACGGACUGGAGCUAUUGAACCAUUUCCCAGAAUGCAUGUCUUUCGGCUUGACCGCUACAUUAACAACGACUACAUGUAUUUUGUUAUGGCUAUUGAAAUCUCUGCUCUGGCUUUUGUCAUCUUCUACACUAUCAAAGAAUUUAAGAAAAUCAAGGAACAAGGCAAAAUGUAUUUCACGCAAUUUUGGAACAUCUUUGAGUUGGUGAUCCUAGCUCUAUCGUAUGCCAUUGGUUUGGUGUUCAUCUGGAGGGCAGUUCUUUGUGUUCGCUCAUUGAAUAAAAUUGAAGAGAACCCAACGAGCUUUGUCAACAUGCACUUCACGGUUAUGUUGGAUGAUUUGUCCAGCUGGUUCAUUGCCUUCUUGGUCUUUUUUCUUAACGUUCGAUUCCUGCGUCUGCUGCGGUUCAAUAAGAAAAUCUCCUUACUCAGCAGUACCCUCCAGCACUCGGGGAAGAUGCUUCUCAGCUUCAGUUUUGUUUUCAACAUUGCUUUUCUCUCGUUUGCUUGCACGGCGUAUCUCUUCUUCAUGUCCAGACUGUUUGAAUUCAGGUCGUAUAUCGUUACUUUGGAGACUUUGUUAUCGAUGAUGUUGGGUAAAUUUGACUAUGAGGCCGCUUACAGUGCUACGCGAAUUUCUGGUCCCCUUCUGUUUGGGUUCUUCAGCGUUUGCUUCAGUUUCAUUUUGAUCAACUUCUUCUUGACAAUUUUGAUGGAGGCGUUUGAGACAGUUAGAAGAUACCCUGUAAAUCAGAGUAAUGAGCACGAGGUUAUUGACUAUUUCAUGAAGAGAUUCAAAAUGUUGUUGGGUGUGGGAGCUCCAACUAAGAGAAAGGUUUUGAGUAUUUUCCAGGACCCACGCUUGCAGCAGUAUGUUUACAUUGAAGGUAAGACAGUGGAUCAGGUAAAACUUCAAGAGCUUGAUGAAAGAGUUGAGAAAGUUAUCAAGAAAAUGGAAGGCUUUGUUGACUGCGAUGACGAGAUUAGGAAUGAACUAGAAAAGGAGAUGGAGGCUGUGAAGAAAAAUAGGAGGAGAAAAAUUGUUAUUGGUUAAAAUGAUUUUGAUAUGAUGAACACAAACGGAUUGUUAUCGAAGCCUAAGUGACUAGUACAUCAAAUCUUGUAUAUAAUGUACAUUUAUAUGUCGUUACAGUGAAUAUAAGUUCAUGUUUAUAUAUACAGUCGAACCUCAUUGUGUCAAAGUUCAAGGGACCGUCUGAAAACUUCGACUUAUCAAGUUCAUGACUUCAUGAUUUACUGGUGAAUAUUAAUGAAUUUUUACCAGAUAACACAUAAUUAUAAAUCCACUAAAGAAAGCGUUUCUACUCAUACUUCCCUUUAUCUUAAACACAUGGAUGUUAAAGUUGGUGAUAAAGGAAAAUUGUUAUUAAAGCGAAAGUGAGACAUUCUAUUGAAACAAAUGUAAUGUUAACCUUCGCAUAGUUAUAGAUGUUUGUAACCAAAAAUAUAUUACACUUUUAGUGCAGAAAACGUUUUCAUAUACUUGGAUAUAUAUGAAUAACAAAUCUUUUUAUAGUCA